AUGAGCGCCAACAACCACUUCGGCGCCACGGGCACCACCCUGAGCGUCCUGCAGCUGGCCUUCAUCGUCGCUCCGUCCUUCAUCCUCUUUGGAUACAACCAGGCUGGUGUCGGUGGUCUCCUGACCGAGUCCGAUUGGGUCAAAACCUUCCCCCAGAUCGACACUGUGAACACCACGGGCGCAGAAAAGAGUAAAAACAGCACUAUCCAGGGCGUCGUGGUGGCAGUUUUUGUCAUCGGAGCUCUCUUUGGAUCUCUGUCGUGCUCCUACACCGGAAACGCCCUUGGCCGCCGCAAUGUUAUCUUCAUAGCCGGAGUCUUUACCUUGAUUGGUUCCAUCCUGGAGGCUUCCUCGUUCGGACUUGCUCAGUUCAUCGUCGGACGCAUCAUCCUGGGCGCUGGAGUCGGCCAGCUGAGCUCCAUUGUGCCCGUGUGGCAAGCCGAGACUUCCGGUGCUACCAACCGAGGGCGCCAUGUCGUUCUCACUGGCCUCUUCAUUUGCCUGGGCUAUGUCCUCGAGUCCUGGAUCGAUCUCGGCUUCUUCGAAUUCCACACCGGACCAGUCACGUGGCGACCCCCGUUGGCUAUCUCGAUCGUCUUCUCACUCAUAUUGAUGGGCUCAAUCUACUUCUUUCCCGAGUCGCCCCGAUGGCUGGUGCUCAAGAACCGCAGCGACCAAGCCCGCUCGGUGAUUGCGGCCUUGCGAGGGCUCCCCGAGGAUUCGGUCGAAGUGCAGGCAGAAGUGACUGGAAUCGAGUUUUCUCUUGAGGAGACUGCAGGGACUGCCGUCAAGCUCACCGACAUGCUCAAGAUGGGAGAAGACAAGCUGCUGUACCGAUUCCUUCUCUGCAUCAUGCUGCAGUUCUACCAGCAGAUGUCUGGGAGCAACCUCGUCAGCGUCUAUGCACCCAUUCUGUUCCAGCAGAACCUCGGUCUCAGCGGAGAACUCUCGAGAGUCUUGUCCGGAGGAGCGCUCACCUGGAAAUUCCUGUCCUCCUUCAUUGCCUUCUUCACCAUCGACAGGUUCGGUCGCCGCGCAGUGUUCAUCGUGUCCGGUGUUGGCAUGUCUUGCUGCAUGAUUGCUCUAGCAAUCACCACCUCCUUCCCCAAGGACAACAAGUCUGCUCAGAUCGCCGCCGGGUGCUUCAUAUACCUCUAUAACACCUUUGUGCCGAUUGGUUUCCUGGGAGCCAACUUCCUCUACUGCACAGAAGUUGCGCCGAUCCGUCUUCGAAUGGCCAUGUCAUCCAUCUCCACAGCCAACCAUUGGCUCUGGAACUUUGUCGUUGCAAUGGUUACACCUGUGGCCAUCAACACGAUCGGCUGGCAAUAUUACAUCGUAUUCGCUGUCAUCUCGGCAUGCAUCCCACUCUCUGUCCUCUUCCUCUUCCCUGAGACCAAAGGGCGCUCCUUGGAGGAUAUCGACAUGAUGUUCAAGGAUUCGCCAUCCGCCUGGGCAACAGUCAAGUACGCCAAGACCCGACCCGUCGCUCUUCCCCAAGAAUUUGCGGCCAAAUCAGACACAAAGUCGGCCCAUCUCGAAGAAGCCUGA